AUGGCGCGCAUCCUCGCGCUGGCUGCCUGCGCGGGGCACGUUGUGCAGACCCGCGGGCUGAAGACCUCGUCCAACUCGAGCAUCCUCUCGCUUGCCUGCGCGGGCCUGUCGCUGGAGACCUUCGAGGACUUCGUGAGGGAGUACGGGAAAGCGUAUUCGCCCGAGGAGUACGGCAGGCGCAGGGAGCUCUUCGAGAGCCGCGCCUCGCUCAUCGCCAGGCACAACUGUGCCGACGAGCACCCCUGGAUGGCCCAGGUCAACCACAUGGCGGACUGGACCGAGCCAGAGCUGCAGGUCCUGCGCGGCUACAGGCGGGCCGCCUCACCGUCCAGCGCUGGCUCCGCUCCGCUGGCGAACCUGCGUGCGACCGAGGGGGUCGAGCUGCCAGAGACUGUGAGCUACGGCCACCUGGAGUCCAUCAAGCGGUCCAGGGACCAGGGGCAGUGCGGCAGCUGCUGGGCGUUCGCCGCCACCACCGUGCUCGACGCCCACGCAGAGCUCAACAACAGGUCGCACCAGUUCUCUGUCGCCCAGAUCAUCGCCUGCACCCCCAACCCCAACCUGUGCGGAGGCUCUGGCGGCUGCGACGGGGCCACCGCGGAGCUGGCCUACGAGUAUGCGCUGCAGGCCGAGGUUGUCGGCGAGGCGGAGUUCCCCUCGCUGCCCGGGGGGGCGCAGGCCAGGUGCCCAGAGGACAAGAAGCCGUGGGGCGAGCUCGCGAGGACGGGCGUGGCCACGGCUGCCGUCCACAUGCAGGACGGCACGGAGAAGCACCUGAUCCAGUGGAGCAGCGAGGGCCAGCGCAUGGGCGGCGGGCGGACCGGGCUGCUGGGCUGGUCCAGGUUCCCAGAGAACAAGGAGAUGCAGCUCGUCCAGGGCCUCGUCAACUACGGGCCCGUCGCAGUCGCCGUGGCCGCGGGAUCCGACUGGAGCUGGUACUCCCACGGCGUCUUGACGCCAGCGGGCUGCGACAAGAGGAACAUCAUCAGCCACGCGGUCGUGCUGUACGGCUACGGCAGGACCACGAGCGUCAAGGUCGGCGAGGUCAGGUACUGGCAGAUAAAGAAUUCGUGGGGGCGCAACUGGGGCGAGGACGGCAGCAUGCGCCUCCAGCGCGUCGGCGACGAGGAGGAGCGCUGCGGCUGGGACAGCUCCCCCGAGAUGGGCUCUGGCUGUAAGGGGGGGCCGAAGCAGGUCUGGGUCUGCGGCUCCUGCGGCAUCCUGUACGACACGGUCAUGCCGCUGUUCCGGCUGUGA